UAGGCUAGUUGAGUCAGCCGUAGUAGUGGCACGUCCGACGUUAGGUAAAAACAACUUUGAGGAUGUCCAAGAAGCAGGACAAGGUGGACAACGGCAUUGUCGCCGUGAAGAGCAAAUUCGAUGCCGACAUCAUCAGAUUCUCCAUGAAUCGUAACGAGCCUAUGAGUUAUGAGGACUUUGGGAAGCUAUUGGCGCAAAGGCAUGAUUUGGGGACAGACUUUAGCUUUUCAAUUUGGUAUACGGAUACAGAUGGUGAUCUACUUCCCAUCAAUAAUGAUAAUAAUCUGGCGAGGGCUUUAGCAAAUGCCAAGUGCCUGCUCCGAAUUUUUAUACAUAGGAAAGAUAUGAUGAUAGCGAAUUCCUCCAAUCUCAUUAUAACAGUCAAACCGGCAAAUCAGAGGGCAGCGUUGACAGCACCUCGCCGUGGUUCGUUUUCACGUAACAGUCAGUUGUCAUCAGGAAGUCGUCAGUCUACACAGAGUGCCGGUAGUGAUGAAGAGGCAGAUGAGAUCGUCGAUCUUACAGGCAUGACGAUGCAAGAUGAUGCCUCGGCAUCGUCUACUCAACAUCAUCACUAUCACCAUCACCAUCAUCAUCAAAAUUAUGAUCAGGGUGUACUGCACCUGUAGGGUAACGCGUUUUGUAUUUACAAACUAUAGAAUAGCAAUAGAUAAUUCAUUAUAUAGUAUCGAAAUACAAGCAUAUAGGAAAAUGAGAUAUAUAAUAGUGAAAGAAAGACAAUUUCUACAUAAUUUCUAUUAUGAAUUGUGUGUGACUGAUACUCUUUGAGGUGAUGCUCUGUGAAUUCUAGGAUUAAGAGAACUGUUUGUACCUCGAUACUUUGUAAUUAGUUGUCUAUUGUUCUGAGACGUCAUGUAUUAGGCAGAUUAGACUACGCUAUCGUGAAGAAGAGUAUAAAUUUUACUGCCUGACUAGCAAUAUUCCAAAAGCAACAGUGGCCUUACAUAAUAUAUUAUUCCUGCUAGUUAAAAAAAAUAAUAGUAAAAGAAGUGUUCCCUUAUAAUGCAGCCACACGCCUAUUCGUGUAUCUAUUUCGUCCACACCACCGCAUGUUUAGACUGUUAAAGUUUUUGAAUUUUAAUUUCAUUUUUAUCUAUAUUAUCUGUUAUCCAAUUGCGGACUAAGGAUCGAAGGGUAAUGCUUUUUAGGAUGGUAAGUAUCGAAGUAGAAACGUCAGGAAAAACGAUUGUAUUUUUAUGUGUGUAAAAUAUUGUUCUUUGCGUGCCUUUAUCAAAGUGGAAUUAAUACGUUAGAGAAUAUUAAAUUCCAAUUAUAUUUACAUACAUUGUUGAAAACAAUGAUGA